AUGUUUGCUCCCAGUCGGGGGAAGGCAUUGGGACGAGCCAUUGCUGCCUCCUCACCAACCCCGGUGACGCUCCCCGGAUUCCUCGUACCAGCAUGGCAAACCGCGACGCCGCGCUCCGCCUCGGCAGCUCUUUUCUCGACGACCUCGAAACGACCCUCCAAGCUAGGCCGGACGCCCAUCUCGGUGCCCCCAGGCGUUGAGCUGUUCAUUGGCGAGCCCAAGGCGAAGAAGGAUAUGACGACCUACAAGAGGAUCUACAAGAAGACUAUUACAGUGAAAGGGCCUCUUGGAUCGUUGGAUCUCGAGGUCCCCGAAUUUGUGCAAGUGAAGCACGACGAGGACAACCGAAUGGCAAUCCUGACUGUCCAGGACUCGGAUGUCAAGCAGCAGAAGGAGAUGUGGGGCACAUCCUGGGCGUACCUCAAGAACUACAUUAUGGGCGUCUCUGAGGGCCACACUGCGAUCUUGCGCCUUGUCGGUGUCGGUUACCGAGCCAGCGUCGAGGAGCGUGGUGCCAAGGAGGAGUUCCCUGGACAGCGAUUCCUGUGUCUCAAGCUUGGAUUCACGCACCCUGUUGAGGAGGGUAUCCCCCGCGGUGUCACCGUUACGACACCAUCGCCCACUCGCAUCCUGAUCGAGGGCAUCGACCGCGAGGUGCUCAUGUCGUUCGCUGGCCGCGUGCGCAAGUGGCGCCCCCCGGAGCCAUACAAGGGCAAAGGCGUCUUCAUCAACGACCAGACGAUCAAGCUGAAGCAGAAGAAGAUUAAAUAA